GAGCAGCUAGUGGUUGCAAAAAAGAGUGAUGCCGCAUUUCGAACAGCGCUGAUUGGGACACUCUCCCUGGGCAUGAAUAUCCUUGAUGCUCUACGACCACAGAUUUUCUCCCACACAAACUCUUGUUAUAGUCUGAGGAUGAGGGUGUCGGAUGCCUCCGAUCAGAGUCUGCAGCGCGCAACGGGCACUUCAUCUUGGGAAUCGUUGGGCGCUGAAGAUCCUUGGCAUCUCACCUCGGGCUCUCCUCGUGGCAUUAGCAGCACAGAAUCAGGGGGAGGUGUCUUGUUUGAUGGGAAGGGUGGUGAGUUUAAUGGAAACCUGGAAAAUGCGGAGGACAUGAGGGAGGCAUUGACGGGACCGGGUGGAGAGCUGGAGGCCCUGCUGAACGUUUAUUUUGACAUGUUUCGACUGGCAAGCUCCACAGAUCGAACCACAUACGGCACGGUUGUGGCGCAGCUGGCAGAUUUCCUCGCACAUUGUGUUGUGGCUCAGGGAAGGGUGGCGGACAUCGUGUUGCUGCAGCGAUCCUCCCUUGAGCGGAUCGGACAAGCUUUUCCUGGAAUAAAGAAGCUCAAGUUCGUCCUGUCUCUUUUGGAUGAGUUUGAGGCAAGCACUCUCAGUAAGCAAGGGAGAGAACCAGCAUGCCAGAAUGGUGUUGCCCGGGAAAUCAGUGGCUUUAAUAGCGCAGCAACAUCAAGCCAGCCCACUGGCAGGCUUGCUAGUUCCAUGGUGCAGCAAGUCCCUGUCGGCGAAGUUUUGGCCGUUAGAAAGCGGCUGAUUCACUUAAGUGGGUGGAAUCCUUCCCAUAUGGCUCAAAUGCUUGAUACUCAGUGGCCAUCGAGCAGACUGUUUUCCAGAAGGGAAUCGUUGACUCACUCCAUAGAGCCAUACACUGAGGACAUGGAAGGAACAUCACAAGAGAAGGGGGAGAAUACUGAAGAUUCCCUGCCAAUGAUACUGAAAGACAUUGAUCGGGCGUCUGCUCGUUUGCCGGCAAUUCUUCUUCUGCUAGAGGAUGUGCUCAUUGGUCUGACUGCUGUCAAUGACACAGGAGUUCGGGAAGCAGCCUACAAUCUGCUGUACAGAAUACUAGCCCAGAAUAACAGUGAGGCGUCGGUGGCAAAUAUUGCUCUGUGUGUACUGUCGCGAAUAAGGGACCCUGACAUGGCCAUAGCCAGAAGUGCCAUAUGCCAAGCAUCUCGGUUUUACCAUUAUUGCCCAGAUCAUCAAGAGGCUAUGAUCGUAGAAAUGCUACGACGAGGAAGGGCAGCAAGCGAGGAGUUGCGGAAUCUUCUUCGAGUGCUCUUCACUGUGGACUCUUAGUGGAUGAGCUGUUCUUCCGUUGAAGCAAAGUAAUCUCAGUUGGCAUGUGCUGCUACUCGACCUGACCACAAGAUUAACGGUGGUUAUCAAUCCAUCAUUUUCAUCUGACUGCAAUCAUGUGUUGUGGUUAUCCUUGCGGAUUAGUUUAUAAUGUAUUUGAAUGACUUGCGAAUGCGCAGAGAAGGUCUUUGCGACUGUCGAACUGUCUGGCCCCAGGUAAUUCAGACUUAUUUGAUUUCACUCAUCAAGUUUAUCCGGAUUCUUAACUCAGGUCUGUAUUUCGAUUGUUCAUGCGUGUACCAAGU